AUGUAUAUAAUAUUUAUACAAGGUAUUCUAUGGUACACCGGUCACUGCCCCCUGUUGAAGUUUCGCUACGGAAAGUGCUACGGCGACAACACCCGUCAGAUUCUUAAAGAGAUACGCUCAAAAGGAUUGUUUAAUAAGCCACUUAAAUAUCGGCCUGGUGACAACUACGAACUCGACAACAUGCCCCGGCGGGUCGUGCCUGCGCGGGAGAUUUACGACGGCUCCCAUCGACAGCCGGCGUACAUGACUGGUUACACUGGAUAUGUACCAGGCAUGAAUUUCACGUAUGGAAAGUCCUAUGGCCGCACUGCUGAUGAUUGCAUGGCGGAUUUCACAGCGAACCAAAGAGAUUUACGACGUAAAGCCGACUUGAACCGAAGUUAUGUAAGGUCAAGGAGCGCACCGAAAAUGGAAACCGUUCACUCUAGAGAUGAGAUCCGACGAGAUCUGCACAGAUUUAGAGAAAUAAACAAAUAUAAGGAGAACACAAUAUCUCCGGAAUUCCCACCAAUAGCUGGUUACACGGGUCAUAUACCGAGGAUAAAGGGUUCAGAAGCUUCCCUCAGCCAACGAUACCACUGCGCUGCAAAACGAGGCUUGGAACUGAUCAAAAUGGAAAGAGAUAAACGGAAGGAGAUACAAAAUGCUGAUGUAAAUAUACGAGCUAUUUUAAAAAACCACGAUAAAACGUCUUAUUGGAAUUGGGGA